AUGUUGGGGUUCUGCAGUUCCCGGCACCUGGCGUCACCCCUCCAUAGCCAACGGCUGCCAAGCGCGGGCCCAGCCACCCUCGCCGCCAGGGGGCGUCCGCGGGAUCCCUGCGGGAGCGCGCGCCACGUGGUCCGGAAACGCGCUGGGCGUCGGCGUGGCCGCGAGGCCCUGCGAGCUGGGCGGGGUGCUGCGGAAGGUGAGGGCCGUGAGGGGGCCGCGUGGGGCUGCGAGGGGAGAGGUGGGAGGCGCGGACGGUGCGGACGGGGGGCACGGAGCGGCUGGCCUGCGCUGCCCUCCCCCGCCAGAGGCCUCAUGUUGCCUGGGCCGCCUCUGCGGUGGGACGCGGGCAAAGAGCAGGCGCUCGAGGAACAUGGCUCCUCGGCUGGCAGUGACCCCGUGGAGACCUCGACCUUUGGAGAGGAAGCCCUGGAGGAGCCAGGAACUCCCCCGCAGGACAGCCCGCAGCCCCGGUCCCGAAGGCCCUCCUGGACCCGGAGAGAGCUGCUGCUGUCCCGGCCUCCCCCAGGCCUGGCUGCGGAGCAUUCCCCGGGAACCCCAGUAGCCCUUUCCCCUCAGAUGGCCUGGGAGGUGGCCCCCUCAAGGAUGACCGUGUUAGCACCAUGGGAUCCCAACUACAAGGCUAAAGCGGGACCCCGGCUGGUGUGGGGGCCCAGCUGUGCACCUGGCACCUCCUUCUCAGGCCGGACCUUGUGUCAUCCCUCAUUGUGGCCGCUGUAUGAGGCAGCCUCAGGCCGGGACCUCAGGUCCCUGGCCCCUGCAACAGGACAUCAGAAUGGAGAGCAUGAGCCCAGGGAUGCAGGGUUCCCAGUGAUGUGCUGUGAAGAUGUCUUUGUUUCAGACCCUCUGCUGCCAUGUGGGCAGCGUAUUCCCCUGUAUCUGUCUGAGGCCUCUCAACAGGUGAUGGGCUCUCUGAAGCUGCUGCUCCCACCUCCUAUCAUGUCUCCCUGGGUCCUCCGCACCCCAUCCCCUGGCUGCCCUACUGCCUGGCUCAGUGGGCCUGAGCUCAUCGCCCUGACUGGCCUCUUGCAGAUGAGCCAGGGGCCUCCUAGACCUGUGGCUUUGGAGGCUCCCACGCCCCCUGCUGGCCCCCCAGACCCUGUAUCUGAUCACCCAGACCCCAGUGGUGGCCCCAGCUGUUCUCACUGCACUGAUCCAUCUGCCCCUCAAACCCCAGACACACAUUGAACAUAUCCUUCUGGGUGCAGAAUGGGUCCCCUACUCCCCUAGACAGCUUCUGUUGACAAUAAAAGUGUUGGUUUGCAAA